AUGGCAAAGAUCAAGAGACGUGGAGAGUCCGGAGCGGCCAAAAACUACAUCACCAGGAAUCAAGCUAUCAAAAAGCUUCAAGUGUCCUUGGCAGAUUUUAGACGGUUGUGCAUUCUCAAAGGCAUCUACCCUCGUGAACCUCUCAAUAAGAAACGGGCCAAUAAAGGUUCAUCCGCCCCUGCGACGUUUUACUAUCACAAAGAUAUACAAUAUCUCCUCCAUGAACCCUUAUUGGUCAAGUUCAGAGAACACAAAGCAUUCGCCAAAAAACUCGCACGUGCUGUAGGAAGACAAGAAUGGGCGUUGGCCAAAAAUCUCGAAGAUGCGAAACCCGUAGCGAGAUUAGAUCAUUUGGUCAAGGAACGAUAUCCGACUUUUACCCUCGCAUUACAAGAUUUACAGGAUCCGUUGAAUUUGAUACAUCUCUUCUCGAAUCUGCCUACGAACCCUGUACCAGGACGGACUCUGGUACCUAUCGAGGUUAUUGAGGGGUGUGGUAGAUUGUGCUCCGAGUGGAAGGUAUGGGCUAUCAAAACCCAUUCAUUACGAAAAGUCUUCCUUGGUAUAAAAGGUAUCUAUUACGAAUGUCUCGUCCCUGGUCAAUUGGGAGAACCCGUCCGCGUUCGGUGGUUAGAAGGUUACGAAUUUCAACAACAUGUUCCACACGAUGUCGAUUUCCGUAUCCUUCUCACAUUCAUCGAUCUCUACCGUACACUCAUAUCUUUCGUCUUGUACAAACUCUACACCAUGGAAAAUCUUGUUUAUCCACCUCCUCUAGACCGUGAAUCUGAUGAACGAGGGGAAGGUGUCGGUGCGUAUCGAUUGGUCGAACAAGCCGCUCCGGGGGUAUCAAGUCAUAUCUCAAAGAAACAAGUGAAACGUGUUAUUCAAGGUAUCGUUUCUACUUCUGCUGAAGAUGUUGAAAUGGACGAUUCUACACCUAUCACACAUGAAGUAGAAGAGGAGAAACAAGAUGAUGAUUUCGUGGAAAGACCUUUUAAAGGUGAUACGGAAGAUAUAAUUUCUGUUCCAUUACCUACAUAUUCAUCUCUUGUGGCUUCUUCAUCAGGCAAGACAGAAGAUCAUAAAUUACUUUUCGAACCCUACACAUUUUAUCUCUCUAGAGAGGUGUCACAAAGAGCCUGGGAAUUCGUCAUUAAAGCUUUAGGAGGAAAAGUUAUAACUUCUCUACAAGCUUCUAGUCCGGAUCAAGCGACAGGAGCGGACAGUAUAACUCAUGUGGUAUGUGAUAGACCUAUGACGACUGAGAGGAUACGAGAAUUAGAAGGAGGUAGGAAAUGGGUUUGGGUACAACCGCAAUGGGUGGCGGAUAGUGUGAACGCAGGAAAGAUUUUAAGUAGUGAGGAAUAUGGACCUGGGAGAUUAUUACCACCUCAUCUCAGUCCGUGGGAUGGGGAAGGAGAAUUAGAGAGACCUUGGUUAGGUAUAAAAUCGGGUAUGGAAUCUCAGGUUACAACAGGUGAUGAUGUUCAAUUGGAAUCGAAUGAAUCGGAGGAAGAAGAACAGCAAUCUGAAGUUGAAGAUCAUCAACAAUCUGAUGAUGAGGAAAAUGAGGAGCAGAAGGAGAAAAUAUCAAGACCGGCAUUAUCAGCAGCAGCACAAAACCCUACGGACUUGGCUUUACUUCAUGCCGCGGAAUUGGAGGCGGAAACUUCAGGUAUACCUCAUUCAACAUUCCAACAAGAAUUGAAAACAGCUUCUAAACGACAUAUCUCUUCUGGCGGAGGAAGGGUCAAUGGGAAACAGGGAGAAGAAGAUUUGAGAAAGAUUAUGAUGACGAAUAAGAAAGCAAAGUUGUAUGAGAAGAUGAAGUAUGGGAAUGCUGCUAGGGCUGAAGAGAAAGAUAAACUGGAGAAGAAGAGAAAAGACAUCGAACGACGAAAUCGGAAGAAUCAGUCUUAG